CCUCACGACGUAAGGGCCCAAGUGACCGGGUACGCGCACGCUCAUUUUCUGCGAGACUUGCGCGAGGUCUGCUGUCAGUCACCGGGAGACCGCCAUGUCCAAAGAGCAACCCCCCCGUGAGCCUGAGCAGCUCCGAAAACUCUUUAUCGGGGGUCUCAGUUUCGAGACGACAGAUGAGAGUCUAAGGGCCCAUUUUGAGCAAUGGGGAACUCUUACAGACUGUGUGGUGAUGAGGGACCCCAACACAAAGAGGUCGAGGGGUUUCGGGUUCGUGACCUAUAGUUCAGUGGGUGAGGUGGAUGCAGCGAUGGACGCUCGUCCGCACAAAGUCGACGGAAGAGCUGUUGAACCCAAGAGGGCGGUUUCUAGAGAAGACUCGAGCAGACCAGGCGCUCACUCCACCGUUAAAAAGAUUUUUGUGGGUGGAAUCAAAGAAGACACAGAUGAGGAGCACCUGCGCGAGUAUUUCUGCCAGUUCGGUAAAAUUGAAGAAGUGAACAUCAUGACAGAGAAGAACAGUGAUAAGAGGAGGGGCUUCGCCUUCAUAACGUUUGACGACCACGACUCCGUUGACAGGAUUGUCAUUCAGAAGUACCAUACAGUGAAUGGACACAACUGUGAAGUCAGGAAAGCUCUCUCCAGAGAGGAGAUGAACAGAGUCUCCAUGACUCCACGAGGUGGGCGAGGGGGUGGUGGCGGUGGAAACUUUGGAAGAGGAGGUGGUGGAUAUGGAGGAGGUGGAUAUGGAGGAGGAGGUGGAGGUGGUGGAGGAGGAAGAGGAGGUGGUGGAGGAGGUUACGGUGGAAAUGAUGGCGGAUACAACGGCUACGGAGGGAAUGGCGGCUAUGGUGGAGGCGGGCCGAAUUACGGUGGUGGAAACCGUGGUUAUGGAGGAGGAGGUGGUGGAGGCGGCGGUUAUGGAAACCAAGGUGGAGGAUACGGUGGCGGCGGCGGAUAUGAUAACUACAACAAUGGUGGUGGAGGAGGCAACUUUGGAGGAGGCAACUUUGGAGGUGGCGGUGGUGGUGGCGGCAACGACUAUAAUGACUUUGGCAACUACAACAACCAAUCUUCCUCUAACUACGGCCCGAUGAAGGGAGGAAACUACGGAGGUGGUGGUGGUGGAAGGAGCGGUGGUGGCGGCGGUGGCAGCGGCCCAUAUGGUGGUGGUUAUGGAGGAGGCUCCAGUGGUGGUUAUGGAGGCAGCUCUGGCGGGCGAAGGUUUUAAAUACCAGGGCCACAGUACUUAGAGGAGAGCCAGAGAGAGAUGACAGGGAAAGGAGAGAAGCAAGCAGGUUUACACCUAGAUCUGCCCAGCCAAGCAGCGUGGUGGCGAUAUUAACGUCUGCCACGCGAAGAGAACGUGUUCAGUAGGGGAGGAAAAUCAUGUGGGAAUGGGGUUGGGGGUUUUGAAAGUGUAAAAAAAAAAAAAAAGAAACAAAAAAGGAACGUUUCAAAAGUACUCUUGUCCUUGAAGAAACUUGCUAGUUUGUAGUUUUCCCUUUUUCUUUUUAUUUUUUGUCUAUGUAGUGCAAAGCAUUCCAAUGAGGUUUUAUGCAGGGUUUAAUUGUGUUGGCUUUUCUCUUGAACCAGUACGGUGUCUGUCUUUUUUUUUUUUUUUUUUUUUUUUUUUUUUUUUUUUAAUGUAAACAGUCACCAAUCAAGAUUAAAUAAACCGCUCCAGUUUUUUUUUAUUUAAUUGCAUUCGUCAGUGUUUUGAUUUGGUAAAUGAUGUUCUUCAGUACCCGCCCAGUUGCAUGAUUUUGUUAAACGCAACGGACCCUGAUUCCGUAGAGUAUUUACCCUAAAGUCACAUUGAAACCUGACAUUGGUUGCUGACUAUUUAAUAUAAUGCUGGAUCGUUUUAACAUCCAUGUGAAAUAGCAGUAAUCAGAUUGCGUACAUUACCUAAUUUAGCGUAAUCAGCUUGCUCAUUUACUUUUAUAAUUGGGCCUAGCGCUGGUUCUAGUCUUUUUGUAUUGUGCAACAUAUGGGUAGCAAGUAGUUCAUCCUUUGGACAAACUAUGUUCCUCUGUACGAGUUCCUGUGCUGAAUGAAAUCCGUACGAGGAUUUUUAGCAACUCUGAAUUGCCACCCGAGAGCAAUCUCGCACGUAAACGGUCAGAAGUGCCAGCAGAGGAGGAAGGAGCCAGCUUAAAGUCUAGCCAAAGAGAAGAGACUGUUGAGAAGCGCUUCAUCGAAGAGAGGCUAGCCGUUGGGAUGAGCCAGCUGAGAGGCUAGCUUAUUGGGAUCGCCAGCAAGUCUUAUUGAGAACAGAUGAUUGCUGUUGUAAGACUAGCGAGAAACAGCUACCAAAGUAAGGUGUUUAACAUGCCAGACUGGUAGGUAAGAGGAGCAUUUUAGUUUUCUUUCAUGUGAAUUAUUUGUGCUCAUCAAAAUGAGGUAACAGUGUAAAGAUUUUGUUGCUUGGUUGUUUUCGUGGUUGUGGUGAAAACAUGACGGCCGAACUAUCACAGUGACCACAUUUUCAACUGUGUCUUAAGUAAGGUUCGGUUUCUAAAUUUUAUGUUCUAAAAGUAGUCUUUUGUGUCAGUGGUGCAUGAGACACUUCAACCUUUCUGUGCUUGACUACAUGUCUGUUUGUUAGUCUCCUUGUUUGGGUUUUAAGUCGAUUCCUUCUUUUUCCAGGGAUAUAAACUGGUGGAUUUUAUACCUGUGACACAGUUACAGCAAAUGCAAACGAUCUGUGAUCUUGAAGUGUGUCGCAAACAGCAACUGCACAAACAUUUUAACAUUCCUAUUAUGAAACUGCGGUUUUACCCAUGUUUGCAGAGUCGGACGGACAGAAUAUUUGAAACGGUUAUCAAAUCAUGGAACCAAACAAUCGCUGCAGGACAGCAUUAGAAUUUUAUUUUUUAAUUGUUGCUUUACAUUUUUUUAAUGUCUUUUAAUAAAAGUUAACGUUACGGUGUGG